CGUUUCGGCUCGGGUUCGGGGCUCCCUGCUCGAGCGAUCGACCGAUCGGUGGGUUUCCGUAUACCAUAUCGAUCCCCCAGUAGUCGUGUCCGAGUGCGCGUGCCAAGUGGAGCUACUAUUUGCUAAUUGCUCCGUCUCUCAGCUACUGCUAACUUACCCUCAGUCCACCCGUCUCGACAGGGUUUAGUGCUGUUUCAAGAUCACUGCCGCGACUCCAACAUCAUCGUUUCCCCCUUUUAUAUAUCGCAUUCUCUCUUUAUCUCUCUCUCUUUGUGUAUCUCUCCUUCUUUCUCCCGUUGGUGUUCGUGUGAGUCGUAAACAUAACUCAAAGCUCUGGUUAAGUCAGACAGGGGAAAAAGCCUUUUCGGGUUCGACAGCCAGUUGCCGGCUAUACGCGACUCCCGUCGGAGCUCUCUUCCUCAAAAUUCUGUUCCGCGAUACAAUAAAAACAUAAAAAUAUGCAACUUUUCGAUGACUUCUGCAAGAGCUUCAACAAGGAACUGCAGCGGGAGAAUUUCGGCUUCGCAUACAAACGCGUACAUUUGUUCUACCGAUCGCAGUGGCAGAAGGAUGACAGCAACGCACUCUACCUGCUCUAUCGAUGGAUAUGGGCCCUGUUCUUCCUGGGCGUCUAUAUCAUGUGCAUUAUUGUGCAGUUCUGCGAUGGAAAGUUCUUCAUUUACAUGACUAACUGGGGAUAUGGUCUGUGCACCAUCACCAUGCUCAUUGCCGCAGUGCAGGUCACCUGUUGGCACUACGAUCUGUGGAAUACUCGGAGUCUAGUGCAGGAGUCUGGAAACAAAACGGACACCACCAGGGGGCUGAAGAUCUACUGGUGGCUGUACAAUAUGACCAUAUCGCUGGCAUUGAUCAUUUCCACAGUGUACUGGGUCUUCCUGCAUGGCAAGAUGAAUAAACCCAUGCGUUUUCCGGCCAUUAGCGUUAUUACCCAUGGACUGAACACGGUGAUGAUGCUGAUCGACUUCCUGGUCGUGGCAUUUCCGCUGAGGCUCCUGCAUGUGGUCUACAGCAUGGCUCUGGCAAUUCUGUUCUUUGUCUUCACCCUCAUCUACCAUUUCUGUGGGGGCACAGAUGAAUUUGGCAAUCCCUAUGUGUAUCCCAUAUUGGAUUGGAACAAUCCCACUCGCUGUCUGGUGACAUUUGUGGGCAUCUUUGUGCUGAUCAUGUGCUACUGGCUCCUGCUCUUCGGCCUCUACAAGCUGAAGAGAAUGUUCAAUAGGGCCUUCAGUGUGGUGUGGACACCGCAUGCCGUUGGUCUCAUAUGAGGACCGUCAAUAUCACCCCGCACAUAUAACAAUAUACAAGUAUCACCAGCAUUAUACAACCGUCACGUUUAUAUAGCACAUCGUCACUCACACACAUACAUAUCUAUAGUAUGGCGAGACACUCUUAGACAUUCGCAUGCAUUUAUUUAUGUCUAGUAUUUGAUACAAUAAGUUUUAAUCAUCUGGUUCCUUAAUGUCGAAGCUACAUUUAUCAAUUGGUUUAGUUAGGAUAGUAAAAAGUCAAAGAUCUUGUUACUAUAAGAAUGGCAUAGUAUAUAGAUAUGAAAAUUGUUGAAAAUACUCUAUGCAUUUGGUAUGAUUCUGAUGACCCAAGCAAAAAAUAUUGUGAGAAAUUUGAAAUUGUAUAAAGAUGAAAUAGCAAACACAUAAGAUAUAAGAAAUAACAUCGAAAUACAUAGAAAACACAGCUGACAAGAUUUUAGUGAAGAUUAUAUAAGAAUAUUGAAAAUAAAAAAUGUCCUUUAACGAA